AUCAUUCUCUACGUUAACAAAUUUAUAUCUUUAAUUAACAUUUUCGUGAAAUAAAUAGUUUUAAUGGCUUUUAAUCGAGAAAAUUUCAUUCGUGAGACUUCUUUUUUAACUGAUGAAGAUGCCCUUUCUGUGUUUGAAGAAAAGAAAGGAAAAUGCGACGCUUGUCUUACAAGAAUACCUUAUGCCACCUUAAUAGCCACAAUUAUGUGUCUAUUAGGUGUGGUUGUCUUUUGUGGAACGAUGUAUCGAGGUGCUACUUUGGCUUUCCUUAUGUUUAACGAUGUCUUUAGAAUGAGACUCUUUUGGGUGGAAGCAAUUCAAAUGACUUUUGUUAUAAUCGGAGCUUGUAUGGGUGCUUUAGGUCUGAUGAUACUCACCAUAGGGUGUUUAGCAACGGGACAAACGCGUUAUAAAGUGUAUAAAGCGUGGAGAUCUCGAGUUGGGGGUCGAAUUAGUUGCGCAGUAUUCAUGGUUAUUACUUAUAUCCUUCAAAUCGCUUGGAUACUAAUGUUUUGCUUUUUAAUAAUCAUAACAUUCACAUUUACCACUUUUUGGUACAUGUGUGAUAAUCCGCGCGUUCAAGAUCGACGAGACUGCAUUGAUUUCACCCAAUUUUAUUUCUUUUUCCCUGAAAAUCAUCGCCAAGAACACAUGAAAGUCUGUUCAGAUCAAGAAGUUAAACAAUUUUGUAAAGAUUACGUCGAAAAAGCGGAAAUAUUGUUUAUUUUAGCAACCGCUUCCUGUUUAUUAAUCAUUUUAAGUCUUGUUCAUUAUUUAAUGUGCUUAUCAGCUAAUUACGCACACAUUCGCGAUCACGAAAAAUUCCAAGAAUUACAAGAUUUGCAUUAUUUAACUGAUAUGGAUGCAAUUAGUGGAAGAGAUAGGUUUUAGGAUAUGGCCCAGGAAAUGCACGCACCAAAUGUUUUCUCUAGAUGGCAAGAAACCAGCGCAAACACAAUUUCUUGACACAGAAUCGAUUUUUAAAAAAUGAUUAAUCUGUGAUCUAUUUUUAUUCAAGUGUAUUUCCUGGGAAUAUAUGUAUUUAGAAUUAUUUCUUUUUUUAUGCAUUUUUUUUGAUAUUUAAUAAUAUUGCUUAAAGAUA